AUCACACUUCUCAUAGCCGGUCACACUGAUCAACAGCUGUUUAUUACUUCAUCGGUCAGGUUUUAUGGAAAUUUUGGAAAAUGACCCAGUACUUGAAUCAACUGAACACCGCCGAUAAGCUGGCCACCGAACCUUGGCCUGAAGAUGCCACUAUCUACCAGCCUUAUGAGGCGGAGCAGAUUCUGCUGCCGGAGAACGCCAGUUGCCUCGCGGUGAAAGCCUAUCUUAAGAUGUGCAACCUCCCCUUUGGUGUCCGAUCCUGCGCAAACGCCGAGCACAUGUCCCCGGGUGGAAGGAUGACCAAAUUGCCAUUUAUCAGGGCAGGCGCCUUCAUAUUCGCCGAGUUCGAGCCGAUCGUGAACUUUGUGGAACAAAAGGACAUGGCCAUUGGGAGCUGGCAGGAUGAGGACGAGAAGGCCGACAUGCGCACCUACGUGUCGUUGGUGGAGAACAUCUUCACCAUGGCCGAGCUGUACAUCAGCUUCAAGAACGAGCGCGUAUACAAGGAGGUGACAGCGCCAAGGAACGGAGUCGUCUUUCCGUGGCCCCUUAACCACAUGCAGAACUAUGGUAAGCGGCGGAACGCCUUGAAGCUGCUUAAGGUCUACCAGUGGGAUGAUCUGGACAUUGAGAGCGUCAUCGAGAAGGUGGCCAAGUGCUGUGAGACGCUGGAAUAUAAGCUCAAGGAGAUCCCCGAUACUCCCUUCUUCUAUGGCGAUCAACCCUGCGAGCUGGACGCCAUUGCAUUUGGCCAUCUCUUCAGCAUCCUGACCACCAAUCUACCCAACAUGGCGCUGGCCCAGACUGUGCAGAAAUUUAAGCACCUGGUCGAGUUCUGCCGCUUCGUGGAAAUUUUUGGCUGUGUACCUGUGUUAUUAAUUCGAUUAAAAUGCUGGUACAAGUGCCAAAUUAUAAAUCAAAUCAUUAUAGUUUCAAUUGAUUUUGUUAGCUUUCUAUCUGCUUUGGUUCAGUUAUAGCUUGGCUAGUUGUAAAAUAGUUUUAUUUUAAGCUUUAGUUGGAACACUUUCCUAAAAAGCUUAACCAGCUGAAAAUUGUGAGUUGUUGGAGCUUCACUGUAUAUUGUGUGCCUUCAAUUUAUGCUUUCUAUAUACUUUCUACAAUUGCGCACCGCUUUAAAUUUCCGCCAAAGGCCUUCAAAUAGUUCGUUUCAAAUAAGCAAAUAAUUUGAAAAACCACUUUUCGAGAAUGUAAAUAAAUGUGUUGACUGUUAUAAAACAUUUGGCAUUUCAACAAUCGUCUAAAGAAAUAACUAAAACCAUGGAUGGCCCAUAAAAGAACAGGAUAUUCAUAAGCCGCUUGUUGCCUUUAAAAGUCAGUAGAAUAAAUGUGGGGAUCCCAAUUAAUUUUAGACCCAGAUCCAGAAUUUUAUAACGGUGUCAAAUGAUUUUAAUGUGGUAUUUAAUUUGUCAAACAAAUCCAUCCAGCUGGUUAGUAUUUUUUCAGGAAAAUGUAGUUUCCACGCACGGUCAUACUGGAGCAACUGUAAACAAACGCAGAGGAAGAAACUUUGUAAAAUAAAUUCAGAUUUUAUAGAGUCAAUGAAACGGAAGUACUUUGUGUGGACGCCUGAAGCCACAAAACAUUUCCUGGAGGCAUGGGAGACCAAUCGCAAGAACUUUCGAGCGAAACGAAAGAACUUGAUCCACAAAGACAUGGUUGCAGCCUUGAGUGAUUUCGGUGUGCCUGAAAGGGCAAUAAGAGCAAAACUGCUGGUUAUGAGCAGAAGAUAUCGGAAUGAAGCCUUGCAGUAUUUGAAAACAGGAGUUUAUCCAAAGUGGAAGUAUUUUCAAAAAAUGAGGAACAUUUUUGGACACAGUGAUGAUACUGAAGAAGUUUGUGAGGAAACGGAAAGUGCUGACAAGGUUAUCGAGAUUUCAGAUUACGAAUCAUCAUCAAGCGAAUUCGAAUUUCCCGAACCACACUCCAAGCUGUUUAAACAAGAUACGGAUGGAAAUGAGGAAGAGGAUGACCAUAAUCAUGACCUUUAUCGGCGGAAUAUAGACGUGGAGGAAAAAAAACUGGCUAUUCAAAAAGAAAUACUCCACGUAAUGCAAACAAUGGCAAACGAUCUUUCCAGUACAUAUACCACCUUUCUAGAUGCUUACAAAACAAGUCCGACGAAACGCUUUUGAUAGUUCAAAUUAGAUGUAGAUAAAUACAAAAAACCAAAUAUAAAAACGGGAGGAUGCAGACGCCAAAUAUAUGUACAUA